CGGCCAUCACUGCUUCAUUGUGGGGCUGCUGCUGAUGCUGAGACCUUAGCGCACUCGAUAGCGAUUCCCCCCCCCUAAAAACAAAAUGCCAUGGACACGGUUUCACGCAGAUUAAGACUCCUCACAUGAUGAGAAUCGAUUGCGAGCCUUUUUUUCUCAUAGGAGAAUGAGGAAGAGGAGGAACUGGAAACCAUUGGAGCGCCUUGGAAAGUUUCUGUGAAGUCUCAAUGAAAGCUUUAGAAGAGCCCCUCUAGUAUUUGACUCAAUGGCCAAGAAAGGGCGUACGAAGAGCGAGAAGCCUGAAGCGCUCAUCUCUGCCCUACAGGCAGCCAAUGAAGACCUCAGGUCCAAGCUGACUGACAUUCAGAUAGAACUACACCAAGAAAAAUGCAAGGUAAGCAAACUAGAGCGCGACAAGCUCCAGGAGGUGAAGCGGGUGCGGGAGCAGGAGCAGCACCGUCACACUGCCAUGAUGACGGAGCAGCGGGCCAAGUGGCACGAGGAGAAGUUAAAAGAGCUCCAGGCUCUCAGGGAAAACCUGACACGGCAACAUGAGCUGGAGCUGGCCCGCCACGCCAAAAUCAAAGACCAGGAGAACCAGAGGCUCAAAGCGUCUCUGAACGCCAUGCGCGAUGGCAGCGGAGAGAAGGUGCGGACAGCCCUGACUAUGGAAGCCAAGGAGGAUGCUCGCCGCUUCUUCGACGUGGAGAGGGUGAAGCUCCUGCAGGAGAUAUUGGAGCUGAAGUCUCUGAAGAAGCAGACGGACGAGGCUCUCAGCAACAUGAUCCAGUCCGACAAGAUGAAGGCUGGCGACCUGCGGGUGGAGCACCAGCAGCACCAGGAGCAGAUCUCUAAGAUCAAGUGGGACUCUGAGAAGGACAUCCGCAGACUGGUGGAUGAAAUCAAAUCUAAAGAUCGCUGCAUCUUUGCUCUGGAGAAGGAACUGGAUUCAACGGCGGGUUUCUUGCAGAAGCUGCAGUUCCAGAAGGAAGCUCUGGACGACCAGCUGUUCCUGGUGAAGGAGGCUGAGUGCGGCCUGGGAAGCCCCAAAAGAGAGAUUCCCGGCAGAGCUGGAGAUGGAGCUGAGCACUGUGGUAGCCCAGACUUAAGGAGAAACCAAAGGCGUCUUGCUGAUCUCAACUCGACAGUACGCAAAUUAGAGGACCGCAACUCACUGCUGGUGGAUGAGAGGAAUGAGCUGCUGAAGCGAGUUCGAGAGUCAGAGAAACAGUCCAAGCCACUGCUGGACAGGAACAAGCUGAUGAGUAAGAGGAAUGAUGAUUUGACUCAGACGAUCCAGAAGCUAGAGGACAAACUCAAGAUCCUGUCCAGGGAGAACAAUGAGAUGAAGGAGAAGAUCAGCUCCCAUCCUCCACUGAAGAAGCUAAAGUCUCUGAAUGACCUGGACCAAGCACACGAUGACCAGGAAAUAGCCUUCCUCAAGCUCCAAGUCCUGGAGCAACAAAACAUAAUUGAUGAGCUGACAAGAGACCGGGAAAAACUACUAAGAAAGAAAAGGCAUAAAAGAAGUUCAAGGCCAAUAAAGAGGCACAUCGUAGUAGACACCUUCUUCGGGUAUGAUGAAGAGUCGAUGGACUCAGAGUCGUCCUCAGUGGCUUCCUUCAGGAUGGACAGAACUCCUGCGACUCCCGAUGAAGACCUGGAGGAGGGUCUCGCCAACGAGGAGUCGGAGCUGCGUUUCCGUCAGCUCACCAGAGAGUAUCAGGCCUUACAGCGAGCAUACGCCCUGCUGCAGGAACAGAAAGGAGGCAUUCUGGAUGCUGAGAUGGAAGCCAAGGCUCAGGAGCAGCUCCAGGCAGAGGUUCUCAGGUAUAAAGCCAAAAUAGAAGACUUGGAGAAGGAACUGAACCUAAAGGGACAGGACUCCAAAUGGGUGGAGGAGAAGCAGCUCUUCUUACGAAGGAAUCAGGAGCUAUAUGACAAGCUGGAAAAGAUGGAGUCAGAGAGCAGCCGGGCGCAGCAGGAACUACAAGACUCCAGAGAUCAGAACGAACUGUUGGAGUUUAGGAUACUGGAGCUAGAGGAGCGUGAGAGGAAGUCCCCUCCAUUCAACCACCUGAGGAUGCAUCCCUUCUCUGAGGGAGUCAGCGCUCUGCAGAUCUACUGUAUGAAGGAGGGGGUCAAGGACGUGUGCAUACCAGAUCUCAUCAAACUUCUAGAUAUCCUGGGAGACAACGGGAACUUAAGAAAUGAGGAGCAAGUGGCCAUUAUUCAGGCUAGCACUGUUUUGUCACUAGCAGAAAAGUGGAUUCAACAGAUUGAGGGGACGGAGGCGUCGCUGCACCAGAAGAUGAUGGACCUGGAGAUAGAGAUGGAGAUGUUCUGUAAACAGAAGGGAUAUCUAGAAGAGGAGCUGGACUACAGAAAGCAGGCCCUGGACCAGGCCUACAUGCAAAUCCAGGAGUUGGAAGCAACGUUAUACAACGCCCUGCAGCAGGACAAGGUGAUAAAGUACGGCGAGCCUCUGGACGAGCUUCAGAAGGACGAGCUGCGGACAGCGGUGGAGAAGCUGAGGAGGCAGAUGCUGAGGAAAAGUCGAGAGUACGACUGCCAGAUCCUCCAGGAGAGGAUGGAGCUGCUGCACCAGGCACACCAGAGAAUUCGUGACCUUGAAGACAAGACGGAAAUCCAGAGGAGGCAGAUUAAAGACCUGGAGGAAAAGGUGGUGUGUCAGCUUGGGGAUCUUGUUUGUGACUGCAGUGUUAUUUAUUUUCUGGACGACUGUGGAACAAUGUGCGUAGCAGUGGCUGCUCGUGUCAUAACAUCAGUGACUGCUGUCAGUGUAGGUGGAUGUGUCGUGUGUUGGCCAUGGACGUUUGCAAUUCAGAUUUUAUCCUUACAUUUUUUUAAAUGGGGGUGGGGUUCUCAGGAUACUGCCCAGGGGGACUUUUUUUUAGAUCGGCAUUGGACAAUAAACUUCUGUAAAUGCAGCUAGGAGUGCUGCAGCAGGCUGCAAGAAUGACACACACACCUACAUACACACAGUUAACGGACACGCAUGCAUAUACAGACGCAUGCAGAUGCAAACACACACUUACACACUUACACACUUACACACUUACACACUUACACACACACACACACACACACACACACACACACACACACACACACACACACACACACACACACACACACACACACACACACACACACACACACACAUGCUUUGACAAUUCCAAACCAAAGCCUGGGAAAUGUUUUCUCUGCCAUGCAGGGUAAUAUAGUGUCAUUCAUCACCAUUUAGUCACAGUAUAAGCAGACAGAAAAAACUCAUAGACAAGGCAAACAAACCUCCGGACCACAACAUCUCUUCUUUCCUUUCAAAACCCAAAAGGAUGUUCUUCACAAAUGCAACUUCUUGGUGAAUAAAAGCGAGCCAACUCAGGUCCCAGGAGUGUAGAGGCCAGUACUGGUCUCAGGUCAGGUUAUAAUAAGGAUCACUAAGGAAUAUGGUGUGUCAUGGCUGAUCCCAGAGUGGCGCGAACACAGACUGCUUGGACUCUCCUGAGGUCAAAGACACUGCAGAGUGGUGUGCAAAGACACUAAAAUGGGGAUACAGGACACUCAGGUCGACACGUCUUCACGACUUUAAGCGAUGAGAGUUCAAAAGAGAAAGACAAGAUCACGAGGGGAACGACACUCUUCGAUCCAGCUCCACUCAACCUGGAUCUCCACAGAUUGUGAAACCGCUUCUAAUUUAUUUUCAAAAACCAGCAGACUGUAAGAGCUUUACUCUCUGGUUAUCUUUCUUUUUUACAGCUCCCACCACACAGAUACUGUGUCACAAGAUUUCCACUGAGAAAACAUCCCUACUCUGUACUAUAAUAUAUACAUUUGUUGAUAUGUACAUGUGACUGAAUUAUUUAAUGUAGUCUCCCCUUUUUAUUUCUGUGAAUAGUUGCACCUUUUUUUUAUUUUCUGAAGCAGCUUGAACAGUUGAUGUAGUUUAUAAAUGACUCUAAAGGGUACACAUUGCUCUGUUUUAUUGUAGUGACGGCUGCAAAGAAUAACUUUAUUUCCUUGAAAAUUAUAAAUGAAAAAUCGUUGGAAUAUGAAUGUGGAAUAAUCAAAUAUUUGCCUCCCUUUUCCUUUCCCUCCCUCUGUCACAAUGUUCUUUAUCAGUCAAUCUGUUUCUCUCGGAUUGACCAGCAGGGGGUGCUGGUUUCACCUGAGCUACUUUAAAUGUUCCCUUUAACGUUACAAAUUAUUUAACAAACUUGUAAAUAUGUUCAGGCUUCCUUGCAAAAUAUCCUCAUCAACUCUAGUCGGACAAUUGGUAGAUUGAUUUAAAUAAAAAAAAUAUGUCAUCAGUUUCUCCUUGACACACAACAAAUUGACAAAAGCUAGAUUUAUUAAAAGCAGUUCAACUUUAAAGACAAUAAAAUGUACACAUUUCUCUGUCUCAAGAUCACUGCAGGUUCUCUCUAUCCUUGUUCUCUUACUAACAAAGAUGUAUUUGAUACUAACGACCCUCUUUUACGUAACACUAAUCGCCACUUCCCCAAAAUGAAACGGGAGAAAGUGAACGCAACACUACACCUACUCCACUUCUCUCCUGCCAAUUCAACUGCCCAGUCCCUGCAAUAUUAACUAGUUGACCGGGCUUGUUCCCUAUGUACCUGAGUUAGUGUAUCUGCUAUCAUACCCCUCCCCCCUCCGGCUCCAUUCACAGGUCUAGGGUAUCGAGGCAUCUAAUUACAUAGCGGACAGUAACACUGACUCUACCAAGGGGCAUGGCUGAACCUCAUUCACACCAACGCAACUCCGGUUCAAGAGACCCUUUUGGUGCAAACUCAGCUAACUAGCAGUUGCCUUAAAUGCACCUUUUCCCCCUUGUAUGUUCCACUUAAAUGACUAUUCUUUCAGGCGGUUGAUAUCAUGUAAUGUAUUUAUAUAUUUUUAAUUUGACAGAGUAAUUUUCAAACGUUAUCCCGUCUGUCUUCCAACGAGAAUCUAACCCCUCCUUCUACUUUCGUCUAGAUUAUUACAUAAAAAGAUAAAAGGAGUAAUGCUGUAAAAAAUUAAAAAAAACAUGGCCUUUGACCUUUAAAGAAUUGUCUUUUUUUACAUCAUUAUUACAGGUGUGCAUGGUAAGGGUUUUGUGUUGGAGGUGAGCAUUUUUAACCGUCCUAAUAUUUUUUCUUUUAUUAAUAGGCCUACUAUUUUCAUAAAUGUUUUCAGCUGAGUAACGUUAAUUUUCUCUCUUUCCUAAUCUGUCAUAUUGAGAAUUCACCUUUUUGAAGAGUUAGAACUGUAUCUCAUAAAAUGGACUUUAUCGAUUUUGGGGGAGAACGUAAAGAAACCUAUUUAAAACAUUCAGUUUAAAAUGUUUAAAGUACAGUAUAACGCAUUUUAAUUUAUACUUUUGCAGCAUUUGUUUUUCUUGUCACGGCAUGGUACACGUUUGCAUUAGUUAGGCAAGUUAAUGAUUACUUAUUUCAUCUGGCAAAACAGUUGCCAUUUGUCUUGACUCCAUAUUUUUUAUUUCUGACCUUAAACAGCAGUUGACAAAAUAAUCCCAAUACAGGGUCCAUUUAUUAGCUGUUAUGAAAUGUUCUAUGGAUUCAAACACACUUUGGAUUUAUUUUGUCAUCCACUGUGUCCAAGGUCAAUAAGGAACCUUCAGAUCAUUCAUGAACUUCUUUCAUGCUAUCUUUGUUAACAUGAUUUAUUUUUACAAUAUGCACUACUCAGUUGUUUGUGUUGCAGUGCUGUCUCCUGUCAGUCUCUAUUGGUAGCUGUCACCAGUCGUCCCUGCUAAUGAGGUUCUGCUCUGUUCUUGCAGGAAGAAGGAAAUGGGCUGAGCUGUGGCUGGUAUUGAUUAUUCUUCCAUAUGAUGCACGUUACUCUGAAAAUACAUGUAGCAUAGUGACUGCAAGUACAUGUUUUGCAGGUCAAAAAGUACUUUUCAACACCAAGGUCCUAUUGUGUUUCAUGAAUUCAUUCAUAAAAACACUGCUCAGUAUAAGGAAAUGGUUGCGGUGAAGACUUGUGGUAUGUUAUGAGUCAUAAAACCUUACUACAUUGAAGCAGUAACGCCUUCAGGUUUGUUCUUUUAGGUUUUGCAGGACACAGAGCAGGGUUAGUCCAGGAUAACAGGCUGUCUUUUCACUUUAGUCCUGCCUGUCCUUGCCAAGCCAGAGGAGAACAGCGGUUGAGCCAGGUUUAGUAUUGUAGACCACUCCUGCCAGAGGAUGUCUGUCAUAAAAGUGUUUUAUAUCUGUCCUCCUCUCAGCACUCACACAGAGGUCACUCUCAGAGGUCACAGUGUGCAUUGCACUGACUAACAGCAUUCUCAAAACUAUUUAGAAAGAUACAAAAUGAAGUGUAAGAGAAACAUGAAAAGAGCUAGUUUCCACGUUUCAUUCAGCCUUUUUCUCAGAUAUUGAACAACCUAAACAUGUCCUAAAAGAACAAUAGAGCAAAAAUCGAAACAGCUUUCUCUGCAAAACGUCUACUACUGUAUAGAUGCUUUUCCAGCACAUGGCUUCAACUAAAUCACUUUUGACAUGACUCUUUUUGUUUAAAUGAUGCGUCAUUCUAGAGGAAAUAAAAACUCUUGUGUCACUGUGUUAGAAAGCCUGCCUGGCUGUAAGGGAUAUACAAUGCUGAAAUGUCUAAUAGCACAUCCUCAGAGGCUCUUUAACCUCAUUUGAGCAGCAGCUGGUCAGCAGCCCAACCAUCUGAGGCGGAUGCAGCUGCAGGGUCUGCUUUGUUCAGAUGCUUAGCAACACUGAAAUCAUGUAAGAUCUCUAUUCAACAUGUGAGACCAGUUGCUUUUCGUCUUUAUAACUACAGUGAACGUGUACAGAUUGAUUUCCAUCAUUCGGAGGAGAGUGCAAAGCAGCUGAAGUGUGUUUUCUCCUGCGGGUUUGACCUCGGUUUGUCAUUCCUUUCUGGUUUGGCUGCAUCAGGCUCAUCCAAGCAGCCAAAGACAAUAAUUAAAUGCUAGCCUUUGUCUUGCUCUCUCCUGUUAAUCCUGUGGAUGUUUGCGGCCAAAUGUUCACUGCUGCUCAGGACUGUCUGCUACUGCUCUAACAGCUCUACCACUAUGCUGUUCUGAAUAAUGAAGGGAACAUAUAUAACUGUUUACUCAGUGUCUAAAAAUAUAUAAUAAUAAAUAAAUAUCAGGGACCAGAAAAAAAUGCCG